UGUGGUGGUUUGUGCUCUUAUUUUUGUGGUGUUUUUUUACUCUGUUUUAAUUUUACAGACUUGUGAAUUGAAUGUUCUGUUGUUUUCAAGUUUGAAUGAUUUGAAAUGUCUAUUUAUUUGAGUACAAUAGUUCUGGAUAUAUCUGUAGAUCGUAUUUAUACAUCGGUAAUCGACACGCGAUUUGAUGUUUGGGGUUCAUUUCUAGCAGUUGGAAAGUUUUCGGGAAUUUGGGCUUUGUAAUUCUGCCUCAAGCUCAACCGUCAGCUUUCGAAAUCGGCAAUGUUGUGGACCCGUUUCCGAGUGUGCCCUAAUCUCUAUGUGCAGCUAGGAUGCCGCGGUGGCGCGCAUCAUCUAUUGCCCUGCUGGGAGGCUGCAUAACGUCCAAUGACCCAGAUGCCCCCGGUACUCCUUUGGCAUUCGGAACGUGGUAUUUUAGCUGGAGUUAUACUAAGUUCGUAGUAUGUAAUUAUCUUCAUUUGUGAAGCCUCUUUGCAAGAACCCUUCAUCACAUCCGUUUUUUGUGAAUCACUGUUUGUCGUUUGGGUUAGCAGCUUCCAGGGUGGUACCUGGUUUCAAUUGGGUCAUCAUUUGUGCUCGAGUAUUCUGCUUAGUUUUAGUGUCCUUGGGUAUUUUUGGGCAGGAGGUUGAUCUUUCCACCAGCUCCUUUCUUCAUCCUCCUUUUCCCACACUGCUAGCUCACUUAAACCCUAGCACCCUUCAGAUCUUUCUCGUCUGGUUUCGUUUCUGGUUUUCCCCCCUUCGCCGCAUCUGGGCGUUAUCUCGGCACAACUUCGUCAUGCCUCGCAAAAAGCAGAAAUUUGCUGUCCCCGACGAUCCUUCAUCUACUGAGACUGCUGCUCAACCUGCCACCCGGUCCCGUGCUCGGCACAUCACCAGAAGCUCUGCACCAGCGCCACAUGUCUCGGUCACACCCACCAAGCAGAGCACGAUUUUAUUCAGUGCUGCGUCGACGCACAGAGAUGAAGAAGUAGGGAAGGAACGAAGGGUUAUGGGAGCCUCACUAACGACGAACGUCCUUGCUCUCACUGAUACGCUUGGCAUCAAGAGAGGGUUUCAUGUGGAUGCCGAUCAAUUGUUGUUUCUGGACACUGUUCGGGUGAUGUCUGUUGUACCAGAUGUUGCUGUGGUUCCGGCUAAGGAUGUUUAUGAGAAAAUUUUGUCCGGCAUACAAGAAACAAAGUCUUUGUGGGUGAUAGUGGCUAGUUACCGAUUGCUUCAUGACCUCGAUCUGCGUCAUCCACAAGUCACCUUGAAGGCUACUGGAGCUGGGAAAAGCAAAGUGUACGAACUUGUAGACAAUAAGGAGCAAGUAUGGUCGCCUUUUAAGUUUGCAACUCAGAAAGCUAACGAAAAGCCCUUUACCAGGGUUACCACUGACCUCUAUUCGUUGUUGGAAAACAUCGCCGACGAACUUGAUGGACGGCAAGAAUCAAAGAAGAAAGGAGAUUUUGGUGUUGACUCUGCUUCUAAAAAUGAAGACCCACUUAAUAGACUGGUGCAGUUUCUGAUGCUGCGCUGGUUAGUAAGUCUUUUUGAGUCUGACCUGCGAGUACGUCAUCAGGCUUUUCAAGGAAAUCCAGAGAAUUCGGAACUGGUUCAAGAAUCUCUUAUAUUUCGUUUUUUGAUGGGGCAAAAAAAUGUAAAAAUUAAGGAGCUUAUCACAAAUCUCCUGCGUCUAAUAGCCAGAGUGGAUAAGCUGGAUGAUUUGAAUGAUGGAAUUCCAGAACUUAGAGGUCAGCCAGAACGACCUGAUUCAGGAGUUGACCCAACUACAUCAUUGCUUCCCUCUGCCAGUUCAAGCCCUGUAUUUUCUGUCACAGAUGCGGAUUUCGCUCACCUAGCUGCUACUUUUUUGUCAAUGAUUCUUGAACUAGAAGACUUUAAGGCUUUAAGUGACAGCAAAUUUGGAGCUGCGAGAAGGAGUGUCUCGAUAUGGAGUCCUGUGGAGAUUCUGAUGGGUAUCUUGCAAUAUUGGAAAGUAUAUCUCUGUCCACUUCUUCAGACGCUGGAAAAUCCGCAAUUGAAGUUCAAUCUGAUCCUCAAAUACCUCGUCACUCAUGCUCCAGGGAACACAAAGAAGCAACUUCGUGAGAUCUCCACCCCCAAAAACCUAUUCGAUUGCGUUUCAAAUGUUAACCUACAUAAGAGCUUCGAUCCCCAUGUAUUACAAGUUCUACUUGCGGGUGCUUUUCAGGUUUUUCUGGAGACACAUACAAGUCAUGACGCACACUUGAGAGAGGUCUGCAGAUCCUUUCAAGUAGCAUUUAAUACUUUGGAUGCGAAGAUGAAAUGUGAAGUUACACAUCAUACUGCGAGAUGUGCCCUGGUCAUGGCUCAUACCCUGCAAGUUUCCUGAGAAGGAAAUUUGCUUGUACCAUUUACGCAUAUCUAGGUACAAAACGAUCACUGCAUUUUCAGAGUAAAUUUUACAAUUUCGCUAUGGUGGUAACCCAUCGAAUAUGUUUCGCAGUACAUACUAUAAGGCCGGUAGCGCCUGGCCAGCGAUGAAUUAGGUAGAAGAAGUUGGUUUCAGACUCACAUUACGGAAAUCACAAUGUGGAUGUUCAAGAAUGUAUGAACAUGAGAGUUGUCUCGCGAUAAAACGGCAACCUCUACUAGUGACCCAUAGAUCUGCUCGCCUUGCAAGUAAUGAGUCUUUCUUCUCAUUGCACACACUGAAGACCGGAAAAUUCAUUGAAAGAAUAGUCCACUCCUAUUACCACUAUCAACUAAACUCAGCGCAACCUUAGUGAUGAACCACUUUCCUGUGGACUCGUGAAAGAUAUUGAAAAUUUUAGGAUAAAAACUAACUUGAAAUGUUCUUUUA